AUGGCAAUAACCGCAGCAGAAGUUUUCAAAAACCGACUAACACAAAAAGUGAUAAUAAUCAUACUCACUCUCAUAAUUACUUGGGGAAUGCCCACCUGGCAAUUCCUCACACUGCUAUUAAUUUUUGCGAUAUUUUAUACACUCCAUCCAUCGCAAGUGGAGACUCAACAAGGAGAACCUAUUGCCGCUGCUAUUACCCAAAGUCAAGCACAAUCUCGAUAUCAACCACGAUCUGAACUGCGACCACAAUUACAACUUCAACCAGCAUCCACUCAUACCUAUAUCUCUUUGGCAGAAACACGACGACAAGGUGUUUCGCUUCUACCUUACCUAAAAAACCCCGAAGCACCAAUAAACAAUUUCAUACAAGGUAUACAACAAGCAGAAAAAAAGAAACCAAGACACAGUGGUUUUUCUAUAUUCGCAUAUUUUGCUGUGGUUGGAAAAUAUGAAGAAGUGCGUCCAUGGAUGCUGCUGCCAGUUGGAGAUGAUGCAUUUUGGCGUCAUGAAUGCGAGUGUGCCUCUUACAGCGCCGUUUGUGAUGGUGUAGGAGGAUGGCGGGUGAAGGGAGUGGAAGCAAGUGAAUUUUCGUGGGGAUUAUGUGAUGCUUUUGAGAAAGUAGCUAAAAAAGACGGAACUGGAAUACCUUUGUCCGCGAAGACAGUACUAUCACGUGGAUAUUAUGAUUACUUGAAUAGUGAUAAACUGGCACAAGGAAGUUCUACCGCUUGCCUAAUAUCAAUCAACAAAGCAAAUGGAAGAGCGACAACAGCAUUAAUAGGCGACAGUCAGUAUGCCAUUAUACGCGGUGGCACUAUCUUAUAUAAGUCGGAUCCUCAAGUUAUUGCUUUUAACACUCCUGGUCAGCUCUCAUCGGAAUUAUAUCUAGAAAGAUGUGCAACAAUCACCACUAAGCCGAAAGAAGCAGUAGCUCACCACCAUCAACUAGCUCAUCAAGACAUUAUUAUUAUGGGGAGUGAUGGAUUGUGGGAUAACCUCUAUGACUAUACCAUCCUCUCAAUCAUUGGCGACGAAAUUGGAUGCGAUGGAUUUGGACGAUUGAAAAAAAAUGAAAUGGAAGCAAAGAUUCAAUCAAUUAGUGAACGACUAAGAAACGCAGCAUAUGAAAUUAGCAAUAACCCAACAGCAUGUUCACCUUUCUCAGAUGAAUCAACUCGCGCUGGACAGCCUCGAUGUGGAGGCAAAUAUGAUGACAUCACUGUUGAAGUAAUAACGCUCUUUGACAAUUCUUUCAACAUCUAA